AUGGGCUUCUCUGCCGGUGAUUCCAAGAAGGGUGCCAACCUCUUCAAGACCCGUUGCGCUCAGUGCCACACCCUUGAGGAGGGCGGCGGCAACAAGAUCGGCCCCGCUCUCCACGGCCUCUUUGGCCGCAAGACCGGCUCCGUCGACGGCUACGCCUACACCGAUGCCAACAAGCAGAAGGGCAUCACCUGGGACGAGAACACUCUCUUCGAGUACCUCGAGAACCCCAAGAAGUACAUCCCUGGUACCAAGAUGGCCUUCGGUGGUCUCAAGAAGGACAAGGACAGGAACGACAUCAUCACCUUCAUGAAGGAGGCUACUGCUUAA